AUGGCUGCGGAGGUGAAGACCCAACCAGCUGAACUACCCCGGGCGAGUCCAAAGGCUGAGCCAAAGGCUGAGAAGUCAGAGCACAAGCCAAGAAGCUACGGGGUCGAAGGGCCCCAGAAAGAACCUGUGGUCCCAGGUGUCGUGGAUUUCAAGGUGGUCCGAGAGGAACUGAGGACCGCCAAGCCCGAAACCCCUAACGCCUACCACUUCGGCCGCCUCAGCCACUCCUCCUUCUUCUCCCGGCAUCACCCCCACCCCCAUCGUGUGACCCACAUCAAAGAUCUCACCGGGAAGCCCGUCUGUGUCGUCAAGGACAGGUUCUCUCUGACCGCCUUGCCUCGAACUGCACUCCUCUCCCCCUCUCUGAUGGGGAUGCCUGCCCUCUUUAUCCCUGUUGGAGACCCACAGUCCAAUCGGGAUCCCCGGCUUAAGCCAGAGGCCUGGAAGAAGGAGUUGAAGGAACUGGCUUCCCAGGUGGUCAUCUUCAGCAAGGAGAAUGAGCCGAAGAACAAAGAGGUGGCGGAGGAGAAGGAGGUGCCUCAGCGGGAGCAGGGUGCCAAGUACUCUGCAGAGACUGGGAGGCUCAUCCCUGCUUCCUCCCGAGCCCUUAGCAGCCGCCACUCCCACCAGGGCCAAGGGAACCACUCUUCAAGCAGAGAUGGCAUCCAGGCCUACGUCCUGCAGGAUCAGGAGCUGCUGAUCUUGGAGCUCCUUUGUCAGAUCCUGCAAACAGAUUCGUUGAGUGCUAUCCAGUUCUGGCUCCUCUACUCUCCUCCCAAGGAAAAAGAGCUGGCACUGGGGCUCCUGCAGACAGCAGUGGCUCAGCUCCUUCCCCAGGGUCUAGUCUCCAUCCCAACCGAAACACUUCUAAACCAGCUCCAGGAGGUCCAAGAUUCAUCUCAGGAGAGGCAACAGCCAAACUACAGCCAAUCCCCAAAGACGUCAAAGACACCGCCUCUUCCCAAAAGCGAACAACCAGAGUACAUCGGGAAAGCAGAAGUUCUUCAGGUGCAUCCCAGCAAGAGCACAGAAGAGGAAGUGGCAAAGCCAAAGGCGGAGUGCUGA